UCCCCAUUAUUCCACCCCAAAUCCAUCUUCUCCCACUCCAACCCCGAAGCUUACUAUAAUAAUAAUAAUCAUAAUAACAAACUAUUAUUGGUUAUAUCAUUUCCCCCUCACAUAUGGAUACCAUUAUUACUACGACCAAUUUCCUUCUACUUAUUACCCUUAUCAUCGUCAACGUCUCAUUUGUCCAUGGCGGCGGCCCGACCGUAACGGACGCCUGCGCCCAAACCCCAAACCCUGACCUCUGCAACCAACUGACCGCCGUCGUCGACACGCAAGCUCCCGACCUCCGCCGCCUGUCUAUCAUGGACGCCAUGAAGCAUGCCAUGGAGGCGCAUCGCCAGCUCCUCACCAUCAUCUCCUCCUCCUCCAACUUCGUCCAUAACUCGCUGGAUGAACGUCAACACCUACGAGCUGAAGCCACGUCAGCGUGGUACGAUUGUGCUGAGCUGUACGAGGAGGCGCUGGGACACCUCAAUCGCUCCUUGGGUUCUUCUACCUCCGACUCCCAGACUUGGCUCAGCGCGGCCCUCGCCAACCGCCAAACCUGCCGGGACGGCUUCCUCGACCUCAACCUCACCACCACUACGUCCUUGCCACGUGUCAUGGAUGACUUCUCCAGGUCGCUCAGAAACUCACUCGCCAUCAAUGCGGCUGCAGGAGGAGGAGGUGGCGGCGGGCGGAAGUUGCUUUCGGCGGCUGCAGCAGGAGGAGGAGGAGGAGCAAGGAGUAGUACUCCUCCUCAUCCUGUUUUCCCUUGGUGGGUGGCGAAAAGCGAUCGACAGCUGCUCGAGGCCAGGCCUGCUGAUGUCGGACCCAAGGCCCAUCUAGUGGUGGCCCAAGAUGGGUCCGGAGACUACAGCACGAUCUCCGAGGCGGUGGCGGCGUCGGCGGAGAUGAGGAGAGGCCGGGUGGCUCAUGGCCAUGGGAGGAGAAGGUUUGUGAUCUACGUGAAGAGGGGGAUUUAUAGGGAGAGCGUGGAGAUCAAGAAAUCGAUGAACAACAUAAUGUUGAUUGGAGAUGGGAUCGACGCCACCAUCGUCUCUAAUUGUAAAAACGUCCGCGACGGCUUCACCACCUACCGCUCUGCAACUUUUGCUGUGUCGGGGCAUGGGUUCAUAGCGAAGGGCAUGACGUUCGAGAACACGGCGGGACCAAAGAAGCACCAGGCGGUGGCGCUCCGCUCCAGCUCCGACCUCUCCGUGUUCUAUCGGUGCAGCUUCAAGGGCUACCAAGACACCCUCUACCUCCACUCCAUGCGCCAGUUCUACCGCGACUGCGACAUCUACGGCACCGUCGACUUCAUCUUCGGCGACGCCGCCGCCGUCCUCCAGGGAUGCAACAUAUACGUCCGGAGGCCACUGCCGAGACAGAAGGCCACCGUCACCGCACAGGGCCGCUCGGAUCCCAACGAGAACACGGGCAUCGUCAUCCAGGCCUCCAGGGUGAUGAUGGCUUCUGCUGAUGAGCUGGCAGCUGGUGGGGCCCCACAGCCACGUGGAUCCGUGGAGGCGUAUCUCGGGCGGCCGUGGAGGAGGUUCUCGAGGACGGUGGUGAUGCAGAGUGAGGUGGGAGGAAUCGUGAAUCCUGCGGGGUGGCUGCCGUGGAGCGGCGACUUCGCGUUGUCGACGCUUUACUAUGCGGAGUUCAUGAACAAGGGAAUAGGAGGGAAGACGGAGGGGAGGGUCACCUGGCCGGGUUUUCAUGUGAUAAGGAGCUUUAGGGAGGCACGCAAGUUCACCGUCGGCAACUUCUUCGACGGUGAUGCCUGGAUUCCCGCCACCGGAGUGCCCUUUGAUUCUGGCUUGUAAACCAUGCACUACCUAGCAGCUACCAUGUACUUUUAUAUAUACGUUCUCUUGAUGAUAAGAUGUACAAUUAUUAAUAAUAGGUGACAAUUAGGUUAUUCGCGUUAUAUUUGCAUUAUUCACGCCAUAUUUGUGUUAUUUACGUCAUAUUUGAGUUAUUCACGUAAGAGCAUUGAUUAUUCAUGCAAUCAAUAUUAUUAGGUCACGUGAUAGGGCAAAAGCGUAAUGCCAAUUCCUAUCUUGUAGUAAUCCGGAAAGUCCGGGUAUCGUCUCUCAGAGACUGGUACAACCUUAUGAUUUACCGAUUCUAUGGAGCAAACUAUAGGUGAAAAAUGGGUUGGUUGAUGAGAUUAUUAACUAAUAGCAAAAUAAUUAAACUAAUUAAGC